AUGUUGAUGGAGGCUGCGGGGCUGCCUGCAUCACUACACGGAAGGGCGGACAGCGGGCGCACUAUAAUCACAGAUCCUGACACAGGGCGGUCAUUUGUGGCCGGCGAGACAAGUACCGACCGAACAGUGUACAAUGCCGUUGCUAUGUUCUGUAUGAUCGUCCUCUCUGUCUUUCUAGGAUUUCGAUUAAAGACUCUCCGUAACAAUGUCCUUCGCAAACGCAACUUUACCUCCGUACUGGUCGUCAUCCUGUUCAUCUUCGGCUUGGGCUUCAUUAUCUGUGCAUCCGUUGUGCAGACGGGUCAAGGUCUACGGACACAUCAGCUAUGCUACUCGGCCGCAAUGAUAUGUCUAGUCUUCUACACCGGCAACAAGCUUACCAUCUAUAUCUUCCUCCUCGAACGCGCUCGUGUCGUCCGGGCGCCAUUCAUGCCUCGUCUGAAGGACCGCGUAUGGCUCCUCGGCAUGUUCGUGAUAUGUGGUGGAUUCGGUGCCAUCGCCAUUGUCGGAUAUCUGUCUCCUGUAGUCGAACUCAGCAAGCUGGACGGCCGAUGCCGCAUCGGACUCCCACCGCGGGUCAGCUUCCCACUCCUGUGCUUCGAUGUCGCGGUCAACUUUUUACUCACUGGCGUCUUCUUCUGGCUCCUUCGCCCAGUUCUGGAUUUCCACAACCUGCUAAAUUUGAAUACGUGGUUUGGAGUCAGGCUCACUAAUAAAGCAAAGAAGACCAUCCGGAAGCUCGAGCCAAAGGAUAAAACUGCGCCAGAAGAGAGUCCGAGUCUCAAGUCCGACAUGAAUAAGAACAUCAGGAUUCUGCUAUGGAAAUGCUUGAUCGGAAGCACUCUCGUUAUGCUCCCGACAGUAGCGAACAUGGCGCAAUUCUACGUCAUGAACAGCAGGGAACUGGGCUGGGUCUGUCUGACAAUAUGCACGCUCGAUGUAUCAUGGGGCGUCGUCAUUGUCAACUGGCUUACCAUUGGCUCUGCCGAAGCAGAGCAAAACCUCACGACCCUCCAGUCGCAGCGCAACGGCCAGCCAGGCGCCAAAGCCGACCAUAUCGAUACCAGUCUUGUCACGCGCGACGAUGAGCCAAGCCAACAGCAGGAAAUGGAAACGCGCACACGGCAAGCGAGCGCGACAACAGCCGAAGUCCCAGUCUUUUACAAGGCAGCGAGCCUGAAAGAUGAAGGGGGCCUUUUGAGACAUGACGGCGUGCGGGAGAGCUGGAUCCAAGAAGUGGAGAUCGAUGUGGAGUCGGCCCACGCACCCCAGCUAGCAGAACCGGGGGAGAACUGGGGCGAGUCGAGCAGGGGCUGGGCCGAAGGGAGCAAGAUGUGGAUCACCGUCAAUGACAAGGUGGUCAGAGGCCAGAGUAAUGAAGCGAACUCGGGGCCAUUCAGGAAUUAUCGACUGGAUGUGUAA